AUGCUGAGUGCAUGGAUGAGGUGCUUUCGCCCGUCGCAGGAGAACGAAAGCAUCGCCAGUCCCCAACCAUCGUCCAUAUAUGAUGAGAAACAUAGAGACUAUGAGGUCAACGUCCAAGAGUCCGACUCGGCGGUACCUGCCACCGGCGCCGCCAAGAUUGAAGCCGUCGAAGCAGUGGGAGGUCGCAAAGGCCGCUAUCUGCUGUACGCGGGGCUGGCAAUGAUCAUGACCAUCUAUGAGCUGGACACAUCCACCGUGGGGACGUAUCGCAAUUUUGCGACUUCCGAUUUUGACCAUCUUUCCAUGCUGGCCACUCUGAACACGGCCGCGAGCAUCAUCUCCGCCGUGUGUAAACCACCGAUCGCCAAAGUGUCCGAUGUUCUUGGUCGCGCAGAAGCGUACAUCUUUACCCUCGCUUGCUAUAUCAUUUCGUAUACACUUUGCGCAUCGUCCAAAUCCUUCAACACCUACGCCGGUGGUUACGUCUUCUACUCUAUUGGUCAGGCUGGUAUGGCCAUCCUUAAUGCCACCGUCGUCUCAGACAUUUCCUCCAUGCGUUGGAGAGGAUUCGUUUACAAUAUACUAUAUGUGCCGUUUUUGGUCACCCCGUGGAUCUCCGCUUUCAUCGUCGACAGUGUGGUAAAUGGGAUCGGCUGGAGAUGGGGCAUUGGCAUGUUCGCAAUCUUGAUGCCGUUCUGCGCCAGCUUCAUUAUCAUCACUCUGCUUGUGUUCCAGCAGCGGGCGAAACGUUCGGGUCUGAUCUUAACCGAGCGAUUAAAUAUAUAUGACUUCUGCUCGAGAAUCGAUCUUGGUGGUAUCAUUCUUCUCAGUGGUGGAUUUACACUGGUGCUCAUUCCAAUCACAUUGGCGGCUACCACGACCAGUCGCUGGCAGACCCCCUGGGUGGAUGUUCUGAUCGCUCUUGGUGGAGUUGUGCUGCUCUGCCUUUAUCCGUACGAGAAAUAUCUCGCCCGGCAUCCGGUUGUUCCCGUGCGCUAUUUCCGUACCCUCUCUGUUGUUGUGUCGGUGGCCCUGGCUUGCGUCGACAACAUCGGCUUCGGCAGCACUCAUACCUAUCUCUAUGUCUGGUCGAUGGUCUCGCACGACUUCUCUCCACGCGACGCGCAGUUCCUCAACUACACCAACGCCGUGAUGCAGGCUUUGGUCGGUAUGGGCACUGGACUCCUGAUGUACCGCAUGCGCUCGUACAAGUGGAUUGGAGUGAUUGGGGCGGUGAUUCGAAUGGUCGGCUAUGGUGCCAUGGUCCGACUACGCACCAACGCCAGCUCUACGGCAGAGCUUUUCAUUGUUCAGAUUGUCCAGGGCGUAGGCAGCGGUAUCAUCGAGACCGUCGUUGUCGUGGCGGCACAAAUCUCUGUGUCUCACGCGGAACUUGCCCAGGUCACGUCAUUGACAAUGCUGGGAUCGUUCCUGGGCAAUGGCAUUGGUUCGGCCAUUGCGGGGGCCAUUUAUACGGGAAAGUUGCGCCACCAACUCCGACUGCAUUUGGGCUCGGGCGUAAGUGACGACAAGGUCGAUACUCUGUACAAUUCGAUCACGGGAACAUUGCCUCCGUGGGGAUCUACGGAGCGGGGUGCCGUUAAUCAGGCCUAUUCCGAUGUGAUGGGCUACAUCACGAUCGCAGCGCUCGCCUUCUCCGCCCCGGUGGUGGUUCUGGCGCUGAUCCUUCCCAACAAGAAGCUCGGGGACGGACACAACUUGGUUCAAGACGAACAACCCCCGCGCACGUCUCAGGCAGCAUUAGUCGAGAAAGAAACGCGAUGA